CUUGUACAACGAGGAUGAUCGUAUAGUAUAGCGGCGUUAUACGAUAGGGGGAUCGACUUGACUAUACUAAGAGCUUACAAAAUAGUUACAUAACACUCUUUAGAACCACCAUGCUAGCUAGCGCUUGGCCAUUUUCAUAAAGAUUGAGCUAAGACUUAAAAGAGUAACGAGUGUUGUUACUGAUUGCUAUGUUUAUAUUUGUAAUGCCUUACCUGUAUUACCACACACUACUUGUACAUAGUUGAAGAUGGAAGUCGCCGGUGAGCAUGAUUGUGAAUCAGAAGACUCUUAUCAGGAGAAUACUGUACAAACUCCACCACAGAGCAGGAGAAUCACAAGAAAUCAAAGCAAAUUACUGCAGUCAUCAGCCAGUGGCAAGUUGGACUGCCACUUGCUUACAGGAGUUAAUUCAAAAGGUUUUGGAGAGUCAGAAAGAAAAGGGGGAAAUCGUCCUCAUGCACAAUCAAAAACGUUGAACUCCAAUGAUUCAAAAAACACAAAAGAAAGAAAGAGGACUAAGAAUGGUUAUGUACACCAGCCUGCUAAAAAAUUAAUAAGAAAAAAUGAACCAAUAAAUGUUGCCUUGCGUAUGAAAACCUGCAGUGAAACAUUAUUGGACCAAAGUGACAGGCAAAAUGUUGAUGAAAAGAAUGAUCCAUCGGUUCAAGACUGUGCUGUAAGGGAAAGUGGUCCUAAUCGUGCAAGUAAACCUUCCAGAAUGUGUCAAAGUAGUACAAGAACAGGCUCUACAAAUCAAUCACACAGUGUGCGUAAGACUGAUAUUGGAAAAGAAAGUUCCACUUUACCAGGUUCACUGCUGUCAUGUAAUGCUGAAUCACCUAACAAUCAAAGUGUUCAGUGCAUAAGUAACAAGCUUUCACUGAAAAUGAAGUCAAAGAUUCAGAAUUCUGCUGGUGUCCUUGACUCCAAAAACAGUAAUACGAGUGCCAAUUUAACAAAUUUUGUUUGUAAAAAUACAUACACAAAUCAGACACAAAUGGAAAAAGAUGAGGAGUCAACAAGUGAUGGCGAAUCUGAGGAAUGGGAAGAGGUGGAGGAUUUGAACAUUGAGGAAGUGGAAUGUGAGUUGACAACUAAAAAGCCCCAUAGUGGUCCGACUCAGUCUGUUGAAAUCCAGAUUGAUGUUCCUGGAUCUUCAAAUGUCCGAAGGGUUCAUGGCAAAUGUCAGUGGGCGAAACAUGUACAGUGGCAAGUUAAUCGCUACAACAAAGCACUUCAACUGCAGAAACACAAGGCUCAUCUUGUCUGUCUGUUAGCCAGUGCAGUACAUAGCAAUGAGGUAUGCAACAAUGAAGAGCUGCAAGCAUUGGCACUUUCUCAAGUUUCCAUAAACCAAGUGUUUGGAAAACUGUCAUUGUUUAAUCUCAACUGGGUAACACAGUUCAUUGCAUGGUUUAAGAAGUCAUACAAAGUAGACUCGAAGAACUCAAGUGACACUAAUGGCACUUUGACUGACACUCUUUCCCAUAGUAUAGUGAACCUGACUGCUUCUCAUGAAAGGAACAUAGUAUUGAUUUGUUUGAUAACCUUGAGAGCACUUGGUCUUGAGACUCGUCUUGUUCUUUCACUUCAACCAGAACCCAUCAAGCACAAAACUCUGUCUAAGGUUUCAAGUCGACAUGUGUCAAACAAAAGACAGUCAUGUAGGUCCAAGAUUUCUGGCUCUGAUGUUACGCAUGAGGGAGUUGCUGCCAGAGUAAACGUGGUGAAGAAGAAGCAAGUCACAAACAAAGGAAAAUGCAAGGUCUUGCGAAAACAAAACCGCAAAUCUGCAGCAAAAAUGGACUCGGAUAGUGAUUUCGAAGGAGAUGCUGUAUCCUCAAGUUUUCAAAGAAAGACAUUCAAAAGAAAGAUACUAUCAUCAGAAUCAGAACAUGAAACAGACAGCCCCUGCAUCAAUUCUGAAAAGAUCAAGAAGAACGAAAUUGAUAUCUGGAUUGAAGUUUUCAACUCAGAAGAACAAAAAUGGAUUUGCUUGGAUUGUAUCGGAGGUCAUGUUAACCAAGCCGAAUUAUGUGAAGAGAAUGCAACUAAGCCAAUGACAUAUGUCAUUGCACUAGACAACGACUGUGGUGUGAAGGAUGUAACGAAGCGCUAUGCCUCAAAGUGGAUGUUUGAAACAUCCAAGCUGAGAGUAGAAUCAGGCUGGUGGGAGGAUACUUUGAAGCCUUAUAUCAACACCAAGUGCACAUUCAGGGACCAACUGGAAGAUACACAGCUAUGCAAGCAACUGGAAGGAAAACCAUUACCAACUCGUGUCUCAGAGUACAAGAACCAUCAUCUAUUUGUUCUCAAGCGACAUUUGUUGAAAUUUGAAGCGCUGUAUCCAGACACAGCUAAUAUCCUUGGCUACUGCAGGGGUGAACCAGUGUAUUCAAGGGACUGUGUACAUAAUCUACACACACGGGAAACCUGGUUAAAAGAAGGUUUAGCUAUAAAACCUUGUGAACAGCCAUACAAAACGGUACAAGGCAGACAGAGAAAGAAAAACUCUAUUGAUCCUGUUUUACCUCUUUAUGGGAAAUGGCAGACUGAGUUAUACAUCCCCCCACCUGCAAAAGAUGGCAAGGUUCCUCGCAAUGAAUAUGGAAAUGUUGAACUUUUUCAACCUUCAAUGUUGCCCAUGGGGACCGUACAUCUUCAUGUGCCUGGACUAAAUCGUACUGCUAGAAAACUUGGUAUAGAUUGUGUACCUGCCAUGGUUGGAUGGGACUAUCAUAGUGGCUUCUGUCAUCCAGUAUUGGAUGGUUAUAUUGUUUGCACAGAGUUUCAAGAUGUUCUUCUUGAUGCUUGGGAGAAGGAUCAGAUAGAAAUUGAGGCCAAAAGAAAAGAGAGAAUAGAGACACGUGCAGUGAAAAACUGGAAACGUCUUUUCACUGGUAUUCUCAUAAGAAAGCGUCUGAACAAACGCUUCAAAGUGGAUACAGACCACAGCUUUGACGAGUAGAAAUCCCACCUGCUGACCAAUAACAAUACAACAAGCCUUAAAGGAGACUGUGGUGGAGGCAAUCGCUUACCUUUAUAAUAACAUUUAACCAAUUCUUUACAAAUGAUUCUUUUUCAUUUGCAUAGAUAACUUUUGUUUGGAUCAGUGUCUGUAUAUAUAAUCAUAAAAAAUUAAAGGUAUGGUCACACUUUGGCAAUGAAAAAAAUUGUAUAAUCUGUAUCCUAAAGCCUACUUGAAAAAAAGAAUUGUAAUUGUAGAGAUCAUCCUGUGGAAUGGGUUGGCUCAAGUGCCUCCUGUUGAAGUAUGUCAACAGAACUUGAAUCUCCAAAAAGCACUAUAAACAGAACAGCUUUGGAAGUUGUUGUAUUGGUUGAAUGAUGCUCUCAAUACAGAGAUGCUAUUGGUACCCGCUGUGAACAAGCACAGUGCUUUGCGUCUCCUUGAUGUAUAUGUGCAAGGAUUCAAUGUUGUUGAUGAAAAAAACAGUGAUGUCCCUGGCAUUGUAUCAUUAAUUUAGGAAAUGUUUGAGCCGUAUGGGGAGGAUGAGUACAGAUGUUGGACCCUAUAUUAUUUAGGAUUACUUCCAUAUUGACUUCACUGAUAAGAGUGCACAUGGAAAGGGAAGUAAGAUUAGCUCAGGAUUUCUAUUAUGAUUUAGGGGGGUUUAUUUUUAGGGGUGGCUUCUAUCAUAGAUGCUUCUAGUGAUUGCACUACAUCAGAGUAAGGUGUGUGAAAACAAUAAUGUCCAUAAUGUAUACCCCAUGGUGUUCUCAAAAUCUUAAUAUGUACAUGGAGGAGCAGUGAUCACACCUAAGUUAUGUCAAACAUUUUACAACAGAAAAACAAAUUUCAAUCGACCUUUCCAAUUCAAUUAUGUAAAGUACAUUCAUGCAUGCGCACUAGACACUACUUGGCGAAACGAGUGAACAUUAUUCUCUUUUUUAUGGUGGUGUGACGCAUGUUUCCCAACCAAUAGUAUCUGUAUGCAUGUAUGAAUGUUAUAAGAACAUUUAUAAAAACAUCUAUUCGUAUGAGAUUGUGCAUGGCAAAAAGUUUAUUUUAAUGACAUCUGGAAAUUUUGAAUGCAACAAAAAAGCUGAAGAGAUAAAAUUAAAAGAAUGUAAUUAAUAGCCCGAGGUCGAUUUCACAAAACUUUUCCCAACUAAACUUAGGAUAGAACCUACUGUAGGAUUUAGAACCAAUCCUACGUAAGGAUCACCUAGGAUCGAUUUCACAAAACUGUCUUAAAGACACUGUACACUGUUGGUCAUUGUCAAAGACUAGUCUUCACAGUU